AAACUGAUUUUUAAAAAUGGCCAAACACCCUCUUUAUGUAAAACUUUACUUAUUUCAUAAUCCCAAUUCUUCCCACUGUUUUUCUCUCUUCCAUUCGCCGGCCAUUUUACUCUGCAAUUCUGGUGGCGCUGGCGCAGAUCAUAUGUCGAAAGUGGUGUAUGAGGGAUGGAUGGUGAGGUAUGGGAGGAGGAAGAUAGGGAAAUCCUAUAUUCAUAUGCGCUAUUUUGUUCUUGAGACUCGAUUAUUGGCCUAUUACAAGAAGAAGCCUCAGGACAAUGUGGUUCCAGUCAAGACUCUUCUAAUAGAUGGCAAUUGUCGGGUGGAAGAUCGCGGAUUGAAGACUCACCAUGGACAUAUGGCAGCUUUCAACAUUCUGGAGGCACUUAUUUGGAAAGAAAAGAUCGAAUCGGUGAUUUCUCCCGUGUAUAAUGUCUUCUUCAGACGUACAUUCUCUCCCUGCCUCCUCCUUUUUCCUAGAUAUGGAUGGAGGUAGUAACAUGUUGACAGUAUGCAGCAUCAAGAGUUAAAAGGUGCUAAUGGUAAUAAGUACGUCUCCUUCGAGUACAAAUCUGGAAUGGACAGUGGGAGGAACGGUUCCUCAUCAGAUCAUGAAAGCCAAUUGUGUGCAUUUGCACUGCAAUGUAUAGAAUUAUUCUGCCGAAUAUGUGGAUCCAUUAUUGUUUCUUUUCUUUCCUGUGUUUUUUCAUUCGAAGUCAUAACAAUUCUUAACAACUUUUUCCUGAUGAAGUAAGUUGCUGUAUAAAAAUAAUACAUCAGGAAGAUGCAAAUUACAGAAAGUAAAGUUACUAUAGACAUCAUGACUGUUAAACUUAAAAAGAAAGAUGACGUUAGCUCCGUAGGAGCUUCCUAAACAAAAGAUAAGGAGCUAACAGAGUCUAGGAUCUGUUCUGGGCAAUUCCAAAACAGAGCGGUAAACCCAGCUAAAAAGAAAAAAAAGACAUCUAGCUUUCAGCAUCUGGGUAGAAGUUGAUACUCCAUCAAAGCAUAUGCUAUUUUUCUCAUUCCAAAUACACCAAAAAUAGCAAGCAGGGAUCAUUGACCAGAUAUUCCUGAUGGCUUUGUCCUUUCCAAGUUUUACCUUCAUAAGGUUUGUUGUUGUUGUUGGUUUGUCAACUUUCCAAGUGCACCAGCUUUGAUAGGCCUCCUUCACGUCCAAAAAGAGAAAGGAGCAUGUUCCAUAGGUCGACUGCAACUGGGCAGAUAUCCUUCUACUAUUUAUUGUUUAAUCUUGUCCUUCCUUAUACUUUUUGGUUAAUUUUACCCUUACCCUUUGGCAAAGUUUUAAAUUUGCCCCUAAUUUAACGGACUUGCCACGUGGAGGCUGCUAAGUGAAGGACCCAACCCAUUGUAAAAUAACCCAAUCCCUUUCGGAUAACCCUUGACCCGAUCGGACCCAUUCCCAAUUAAAACACCAUUAAAAUUCUUCCCCCCUGAAUAAACUAAUCUUACCCUACAGUCUCCACCCUUGCAAAUCGCCACCAUCGUAGACUACCAUACCUCUACCGUCUCCACCACUGUGUGCUGUCGCCGGAGAACUCCAAAUUGGUCCAUCUUACACCCCUCUUCUCCCCUCGUCUUCCUCUAUGCAAAUUUGAAACCCAAAUGACUCAAUUCUUUCCCCAUCAUGAAUUUGCAUAAAACAAAAUAGCCCUGUCACCUCGGAGCUCUCUUAGCUUUGAAUAGCUGAAACUUUCGUUCCGAUGAGUCACUAUGGCACUUUGCUUGCCAAUAUACGUAUUCUAGUGCUUUGUUUGAACGAAAAGUAUGGUUAUUUUUCGAACUUUUAUUUCCCUCUACUCUGGUGGUCUAAGGUAAAUCUUGAGGUCAUGAGUUGAGUUUUUAGCACAUAAGGUUGGGUAAAUUACUAACUCUUUCUCCCCAUUCUUGUUUUCAUUUUUUCUGGUUGAUUACAACUAGGGUAUAGUUUUAAAUUCAGUUCUAGGGGUGUGCAUUCGAUUUAUCGAUUUGAUUUUGACUCUUAUCGAUAAUUAGUUAUCGAUUAUCGAUUUGUACAUAUGCUUAUCAUUAUCAUUUCAAUAAGGUUUCGAUUU